CUAUGUGUCUAUCCCCCGGUAUUUCUACCUGCACUCAGUUCCUGAGCGACUCUUCUGGACUCAUCAUCCACUCUUCUGUUCACGGAUUGUGCAUUUGAUAAUUAAAAAAGUUAUUCGUAAAUUUAAAAAUUACAAGCGACGUAUUUCGCCCAGAAUUUAAAAUGUUUUAGAGCUUAAAUAAAUGGAUAAAUAAAUCAUUAUUUUUAUUUAUUUAGUUCAGUUUACCCUCUAAGGGAUGAUUGUACUUACGCUUAAUGCGUUAAGUAGAUUAACCAAUGACGACUUUUAAUCCGUUGGAAAUGUCUACGAGUGUCUCUGAGAACGUGGAUCGUAUCUACUUAAUGCGUUGAGCAGACACUGAUUUGUGAUGUGAGUUUAGCCAAACGUUAAAUUAAUCUUAUGAGUCUUAGUCUAACACUGUGCGGAUUUAUCUACUAAAUGUACGAUUUAACGGAUGUACAGAUUUAUCAGUUUAUAUGAAUAUUUAAUUUGAAUCGGGUAUUGUAAUGAAGGCUACGGAAUAUGAGAAAUUAUUAAUCAAAUAUCGUUUAAUUGAGUAACUAUGGAUAAUAACCUUGAACUAAUAAUUAAAAUUAUAAAGUUAUUUAAUUCAACGGAUAUUGUAGUCGUUGAUAAAGGAAACGUUUUAUCGCAUUGCUGAAGAGUCAACUACCUGUUACUCCAGGUGGUACAAGAGAUUCGGAAAAAUGCCAAAACGUGAGACUGCAGUGGAUAUAUUGUGGCUCAAGGCCAAUUUAAUAAAGAUAAAAUUAUGAUAAUUAUACUGUGGACUGACAAGUGAUUACUUAUAGUCUCAUUAAUUUUCAUUUUUAUCUUGACUUUUUUUAUUUUUUCGUUUGAUCGGAUAACGUUUAAAUUGAUAUGGAUAGAGUUAGUGGUGAGAGUUAGUUUUUGUCGAUUGAAAAUAUACUGAACAAAAUAAAUAUGAGUUCGUUGAAAAGGACAGCGAAUCAAUGUGCGCGCGAUAACGCACCGAUGCGCCGGUACGCUCUUGUGCCAAAUCCAAACGCGAAAAGUGUCAAAAGUCUUCCGUACGGAAACAGCGUAUCACUAGGAUCUCCGUUGAGGUUACGUUCUAAAGGCGAACUGAGGUCUAUAAGUUUUGAGGGCAGCAACAGAGUGCUGCCCUGGACUAUAAGAUCGUCGACAGACACAACAUCAAGACGUGGUGUCUUGUCAAGACGAUGUUAUGGAAGCGUGGAAAUGCUGCCGCAAAUCGAGCAAGACGGCAUAGAGAAUGGACGAAGAUUUCGCGUCGAGAAUGGGGAUUCGCCUGGCGAAAAAGAAGAGAUGUUCGGGUCACCCAGCACUCCAGUGUUAGAGAAUCCGGAAAACCAAACACGUUGGUACUUCAAAUAUUUCCUCGGAAAACUUCAUCAGAAUUAUGUUGCAUCUGACCAUGAGAGAAAUCCACUUUUUUUGUCAGUCUUUUUAAGUGACGGUGGUGAUCAAUGUGUACCACAUUACAGAGUUAUACUCUGGAGACGAACUGGAACACAAAAAAUAUCAUUGCCUUACUCGUCCAACAAAUCGAUGACUGUCAAACAAAUUUUAAGCCAUUUUUUUGGAAUAGAAAAAUUUGAUAAAGCGCCACGUGAGAUCUUCGCUCCAGAGAUUCAAAAGGAUCUUUUGUCACUGGAAGAGCAAGAAGGCUCAGUGAAUUUUAAAUUCGGUGUUAUAUACGCCCGGGAGGGCCAGACGACCGACGACGAGAUGCUGUCUAACGAGAAGGCAAGUCCUGAGUUCGAGAGGUUCUUAGAGCUUCUCGGUAAGCGAAUUCGCCUCAAGGGCUGGGACAAGUACAGAGGUGGUCUGGAUGUCAAAGGUGAUAUGACGGGUAAAGAAAGUAUUUAUACAGUAUAUGCUGGUCAUGAAGUUAUGUACCACGUUAGCACAAUACUACCUCAUUCUAAAGACAAUCCACAACAAUUGGAACGUAAAAGACACAUCGGAAAUGACAUUGUUAAUAUUAUUUACACAGAUGACCCGACUUUAUUGGACACAUUCAAUCCAAAUUGUAUAAAAAGUCAAUUUACACAUGUUUUUGCAGUAGUAGCAAGUGAAGAACGAGGUUGGAAAAUAGCCAUUUACUGUGACGAGAAUGUGCCCCUGUUUGGUCCAAGUUUGCCCUGUCCUCCAGUAUUCGAGGAUCCUAACGCUUUUCGCGAAUUUCUUCUCGUAAAGCUUAUUAACGGGGAGAAAGCUACAUUUGAUACACCGACAUUUUCACGCAAACGUGAGCGUACAUUAGACUCAUUACUCAGGGACUUAUACCAAGAACACACCCAAGACAGUAAAGGGAACGUAAGUUCCAGUAUGCUGAAUCGUCGAGCAUUAUCGGAUGUGGUUGAAACAUCGGGACGGAGGAGAGAAGAGACACGAGCUGUGGAAAUGGUUAGAGUUGGACAGGCUCUAAAACUUGAAGCAAUCGUUCGAGGACUUGCUCCAACAUCACUAGCAACUGUCGGACCACUUAAACCAAGACCCUGGGAACCACGUUGUAUAUAUCCCGACUUUCAUCAUGAGUUAGUUUGCGGUGACAUUUGGUCAAAUAAUAAAUUAAUUUUAGCUACGGAAAAUGGAACGUUUCUUGUUGAAGAUGGAUUGCCCGAUAGUCUACUUUUCGAUAAAUCUGUACAGAUUAAACAAUUGAAUGUUGUGGAACAGCAUGGUAUAUUAUUGUUCCGUACUGGCGACAAAGGAAAAGAAAGUAAUGUAUACGUAUAUCGAUUGAGCGAGCUGAAUGGUGAAGGUAAUUCAACAUCUAUCGAUUACAAUUCAUUUGAAGAGGAUGAUGAUAUUGGCAAUAGUUUUUCAUCAAACUUUACAAUGACAUCUACGUCGUCUAGUAAUCCUAGUACAUCAACCCGUCCACCGAUAAUACGCACACGAUCACAUAUUAAAGAAAGGAAAUUAGAACGAACACGUGGCUGUCAAAUUUACAGUAUUACUAGACCUGGCGGUUCUCAUCUACGAAUGUGUGUAGCAGUGGGUAGAAAAUUAACCGUACUUCAAUGGAAACAUAAUGCAGCCUGGACUACAUGGUGUUCAUCAGCAGAUACUGAUACUGUUGAUGGUUUUCGUUUCAUAAAAGAAUAUAAUGCUUCGGAACCACCAUCAGUAGUGACUAUUAUUGAAAGUACUGCACCAGACAAUGAAUGGUUGCUUUGUUGCGGACUUAGGCAUCAUUUUGAAUUGAUAUCAGUUGAUGGUGCCACUAAAUCACUCCACAUGGAAGCAUCAAUGAAACCACAUGUUGUUGCGGCUUUAGAUUUAUGUGAAGACGAAGAACCAGAAUUAUUAUUAUGUUACAAUAAUACGUGUCAUUUUCAAAAAUUAUCCGAAGAUACUGCAGCAUCAACGGAAUUUGAUUUUAAUUGGAAUUCAGUACCAAUUGUUGUCGCGUGUGCCUUUCCUUAUGUUAUUGCAUUUACCACAGACACUAUGGAAAUACGUUUAAUUAUAAAUGGUAAUCUUGUUCAUACAAUAAAUAUGCCAAAUCUGACACUUAUCACAUCAAAGCAUGAUAUUUAUUUUGCUACAACUGCACCCGAAUUUAUGGCAUCUAAAUGCGAAAGGAUACGUGUUGAUACUAAGACUGAUAAAGAUGAAAGAAGUCAUAGUCCACCGUCUACACAAAAUAGUUUAUCUAAUUCCCACAGUGAUUCAAAACCAUUGAGAAUUUAUCAGAUACCAUUAAACACACUGUCAAAAAACACAGCAUCAAGUUGUAGUAAUAGACGUUGUCCAAGUCCGGUUGAACCAGAAAUUUUGAACGCACAACCGUCAAAUGAUUCAAAUUUUUUAACUGUCGAACCGCACAGAUUAUUAAGUCGAUCAUGUAGUAGCAGUCCAACGCCAAAUUUGGCGGCCUCUUCUGCUAGUACCCCGAGUAAAUGAAGAUAAAAACAAAAUAAAAAUAAAUGGAAGCAACAAUUGCGUAUUAUUAUUAUUAAUAAUACUUUUGAAUAAUAAAAUUUUUCAAUGGAAUUAUUGUAUGUUGGAGCAUUCUAAUGUCGUGGAUAUUUUAAUGUAUAAUUAAAUGCAAUUGAUAGAGAAUUGAAUUGAUUUAUAGAUAGUGAGAAUGAUUGAUUUUUGUAAGACGGUGCGGUGCGCUGUUCUCGUCUUCCUGGUAUGAAGUUACGAUAUUAAAUAAUAAUAAUAUAAAUAAUAACAAUAAUCAUUAUUAUGAUAUAAUUUAUAGAAAACGUCUAGAUCCUUAAUCGAGAAUUAUUGUGUAUUAAAAAAAAAUUGUAACACGAUUUCUCGUGCUCGUUGUAAAAAUAAUAAUAAAUAAUUGAAAUAAAAUAAAAUAAAAUAUGUUUGCGACAAAUAAAUUAUUAAAUAAAUAACUAAUCAUGUUCU